CAGUAAAUCGCCCGGACGUUGAUUUCUGACGGACCAAAACAUCUUCGAGGGCAGUUGACGUGGAAGUAUUUGUUUGUGUUCGUGAACGAUGGCGGAUCUUAAAGUAGAGAUUCCCGCUGACAGCUCCAUUCAGAAUCCGCCAAAUAAUCCGCUAUCAAGGAAACUGAACAAAAUCCUGGAGACGAGGCUCGACAAUGACAAGGAGAUGCUGGAGGCUCUGAAGGCGCUGUCUGUCUUCUUCACUGAAAACAGUUUGCGCACCAGGAGAAAUCUUCGCGGUGACAUAGAGAGACGAAGCCUGUCAAUCAAUGAGGAGUUUGCACGACUUUUUAAAGAAGUAAAAGAGGAGCUUGAAGGUGUUAAUGAGGACGUCCAGGCCAUGAGCACAUGUUGUGAGGAAAUGACAAACAGAUUAAAGGCUGCAAAGGAGCAAACACAAGAUCUCAUUGUGAAAACCAACAAGCUGCAGGGAGAAAAUCACCGCCUGGAGGUGAGAGCUCAGGUUGCUCAGGCUUUUCUUGCCAAGUUCCAGUUAUCUCAUGAGGAGAUGGCCACACUGCGAGGAGCUCGGGAUGCUCCUGUUACUGAGGAGUUCUUCAAAGCUCUGAACCGAGUGAAACACAUCCACGAAGAUGUGAAAAUCCUGCUGCGAACCAAUCAGCAAACUGCAGGGUUAGAGAUCAUGGAGCAGAUGGCGGUGUUACAGGAGACAUCGUAUGAGCAGCUCUACCGCUGGGCCCAGAAUGAAUGCAGGGGACUGACCCAGGAGACGUGUGAUAUCAGCCCUGUGCUGAGUCAAGCCAUGGGCGCCUUACAGGACCGGCCUGUCCUUUACAAAUACACGCUGGACGAGUUUGGGACUGCGCGCAGGUGUGCGGUGGUUCGGGGCUUCAUCGACGCCCUCACCCGGGGCGGGCCUGGAGGAACUCCCCGCCCCAUAGAGAUGCAUUCUCACGAUCCACUGAGGUAUGCUGGAGAUAUGGUGGCCUGGCUGCACCAAGCCACUGCUUCAGAGAAGGAACAUCUAGAAGCUCUCCUCAAACAGGUCACUGUGCAAGGAGUGGAGGAGGACAUGCAGGAGGUGGUUGGACACAUCACUGAGGGAGUCUGCAGGCCGCUGAAAGUUCGGAUAGAACAGGUCAUUGUUGCUGAACCAGGGGCUGUCCUCCUUUAUAAACUGUCCAACCUGCUUAAGUUUUACCACCACACCAUCAGCUCUAUAAUUGGGACCAGUGUGGCUUCUUUGCUCAUCACUAUUGAGGAAAUGCACGUCCUCAGCAAAAAGAUGUUUUUCAACAGCCUGAGCCUUCAUGCGAGCAGACUCAUGGACAAGGUGGAGCUUCCACCUGCAGACCUGGGACCCACAGCCUCCCUCACUCAGACACUGUCCCUCCUCAGGGAGGUGCUGGCCUCCCACGACUCGUCGGUGAUGCCUCUGGACGCCCGUCAGGCUGAUUUUGCUCAGGUGCUCUCCUGCAUCCUGGAUCCUCUGCUCCAGUUGUGCACCGUAUCAGCCAGUAACCUGGGCACGGCCGACAUGGCGACCUACAUGGUCAACUCGCUGUACGUCAUGAAGACAUCGCUGGCUCUCUUUGAGUUCACUGACAAGAGACUUGAGAUGCUCGAGUUCCAGAUCGAGGCUCACCUUGACACACUGAUCAAUGAGCAGGCGUCCUACGUGCUGACCAGAGCCGGACUGAGCUACAUCUACAGCUGCGUCCAACAGUACAGUGCCGAACAGGGUCCUCUGUCCCUCCUCCCCAGUAUGGACAGCUCCUCUGUGAAAGCAGCGAUGGUCCAGUUUGAUCGGUACUUGUCGUCACCCGACACGCUCGUGAUGCCGCAGCUCAACUUCCUGCUCAGUGCGGCCAUCAGGGAGCAGAUUUUCCGUCAGUCAACAGAGCUGGUGUGCAGAGCCUACGGAGAGGUUUACGCAGCGCUGACCAGUCCGGCGAACGCCUACAAAGACCCAGAGAACCUGGUGCCCAGAUCCACUCAGCAGGUUCAGGCGCUGCUUUCCUGAGAGACACCUGGUCCAUGUGAGAAAGACGCGGUGUCUGGUGGUAAAUGAUGACCCACAGCUGACAGCUUGGGUCUUCUGCCUUGACACAAACUUGACUUGACUGGAUGCUCGUUCAGUGUGGAAUCACACGUGUUCCUGCGCCGACGUCGCUCUGUCUUUGCGGGGGUUUUUUUUUUGCUCCAAGUUGUAAUAUGUUGCUUGCUCCUUUAUUUGAAAUGACUCAUCGUUCUCCUCAAAGAAGGAUUCUGUAUCGAGCAGCAGCAGUGGAGGGUUUGCGUUCCAUCGAAAAAGAAACGCUGUUCUACUUUACUUGGAUUUUCAAUAAAAAAAGUCAGAAUAAAAGAUAAAUCCAGUGUAAACGCAGGAAUAGCUUUUUUAAAUUGGCUUUAAUUUUUAUUCUGCGGUGCAUCUAAAGCAAUUUCCAUCAUUCAUUUUUUGAAUAAAUAUAUGUGAUUGUAAUGAUUAAUUGAUAAUAAAUCAAAAUUAAUCACCACCUA